ACACGUGAAACCAGGAGGCUGGCCACGCCCCCUCAGGCAGGUGAAGCGGGUCCGUUCUCAUAGCAGCAGACACACAACAGAGGAGUGUGGUGGCAUGAUGGAGCUAAGUGAGACACGGACAGAGGACAUCCGGAGGAGAGCAGCUGGAAGGACGGAGGACGGAGAUCACCUUUCCGAUGUGGAGAUCAUGACUGAGGAACACAGAGUCGAACCUGAACAUCAGGACCCGUCCAGCAGGAGGAAACCCGUGCUGGUCAGGUCGAGGACCUUUGACCACUCGCUCCUGACUCAGGUCCAGCCGGACCCGGACUCCAAGAUAGAGAGGAAGAAGUCUCACUACAGUCAGCUUUCCAAGAGCAACUGCCAGUAUCAUAAAAUAUUCAAGGAGAUCAGCAAAGAGGAGCAGCUGAGGCAGAGCUACACCUGUGCACUACAGAAGGACAUCCUCUACCAGGGACGGAUGUUUGUGUCUGACCACUGGAUCUGCUUCCACUCGAAGGUGUUUGGGAAGGACACAAAGAUCGCCAUCCCUGUCAUGGCCGUCACACACGUCAAGAAGACCAAAACGGCCAUCCUGCUGCCGAACGCCCUGGUGAUCGCCACCGUCAACGACAGGUAUGUGUUCGUGUCCUUCCUGUCCAGAGACAACACCUACAAGUUCCUGAUGUCCGUCUGUCUACACUUGGAGGAGAAGAGUCCAUGCAACAGCCCAGUCCCGUCAUCAGCUGAGCACAGCUUCAGAGGUCAGAGGUCGCCUCAUUCCCCUCGCUUCCCUCGGAACUUCACGGGCGAUUUCUGCGAUCUGGAUGGAGCAGUGAGGCAGAGGAGGCAGGAGAUGGAGGAGAGCAGCAGUUCGGACUCACAGACCCCCGAUUACGAGAAGAUAGCAGGUAUCACAGGCAGUCAGGACGUGGGAAGGCAGUCUCAUGUCAGCGCCCGCUCUCUGUGUGACCACGCCCCUGCAGAGUACCCGGUGGCGCCGUUCCUGGAGGGGCUGAAGCGCAAAGAAGCGCCAGCGUCACCCGAUCGACACCACAAGGUCACAAAGCAGCCCAACCUGCAGCACCAAGACCCGAAACUGCCGGACAAGAAAACAUCUGGCUCUGAAGUCAACAGCAAGCGAACCCCGAAGCCGUUUGCUCUCAGCACUCUGCUGUUGGUCUACCUGUUUCUGGUUUGUGUCCUGGUGCUGUCGUCCUGCUACCUGGCCGUGAAGAUCGCCGCGCUGGAGCAGCGCCUCACCACGCUCGGGUCCAUGGCCGAGUCCUCCCAGCACGAAGCCGACGUGUUCCGCGGCUCGGACGUCAACGUCAACCUCUUCUCUGAACUGUUGACCCUCAACCUGAUGAAGCUGGAGAAGGUGCAGAAGAAUCUUCAGAGGAUGCUGGACGAGGCGGCCUGACGAGUCCAAGUCCCUGCUGCUGUGGUGGAACCUUCAGGAUGUUACACUUGAUAAAUGCUGUUACUUUUGUUUUAUAUAAAACAUAAAAGAUU